AUGAAAAUUAUGACUAACGAUAAAUUUAUAAUUCCUCUCCAUUUUACACUGUCACAGGCAUUAGAAUUGUUGUAUUCUAUUGGUAACAACCAGUAUGAGAAUCUGAAGAAUGGUUUGGAAAUGUGCAGAACAUCACAGGACUAUAGGAGACUUCCAAAACUUUUUAAAGCGUUGGAUGAUCUUCUUUUAUACGUAAAUAACGGAUUGAAAAAAGUCUCUAAAAAGUUCGAUCUGAAGAAUGGGUUGAAAGGACUUAUGGAAGAGGAACCAAAGUAUCGACAUAUGAUUGAGGAUUUUCAACUUUUGGGCCAUGAUGUAAGAAUAUUGAGGAGGGAGUCCUAUGAACUGGUGAAUUAUGCGCCUGAAGAUGAACGGAAGAAACUCCUGGAUUCUUCAUCAUUUGCAUCAAUGAAUUCCAAGUCAGGCUCUUCUUCGUUGUUAAAAAGUCAGAUUUCUCAGAUUUGGAAGAAGAAUUCUACAAGAGGCAAGGAAUCUAAUAAUGCUUGGGAUGAAGAUGAAUAUAUAAUUCAAGAGGCUAAAAGAAUAAGAAGAAACAGAAAAUUGUUGGAGCAAAAAAAAGCUGAAGAGGACGAACAGAAACGGAUGGAACAGAAACGUUGUGAGGAAGCCUUGGAAGAGCAACGACAAAAAUUGUUGGAAUUGGAGAUCAAACAGCAAGUGGACAGCCAAGUGACAGAGAAAUUAGAGGAUGAAAAGGAAAAAGGAAGACAGAUGAAAUUAGAAACUGAGAAGAAGCUUAUUAAGUUAGAAGCCCAAAUAGCAAAAGAAGAGUUGAAGAGUCGAAAGAAAGAAGAAAGGCAAAAACUGGCUCUUUUAGAAAAGGAAGAAAAGUUACAGGAAUUAGGAGCAAAAAUGAAAAUGGGGCAUGACAUCCAAAUACAAAAUGGAAAACAUCAUGAAGUUAUAGAGCCUAAAAAGACGAUUAAAAUCAAAAGUUCAAAUAAGGAAUCCUCUUUAUUGCAAAAAAACUUGACAAAUGAAAGUAACAUUGAAAAGGUAAAGGAGCCUAGAAUAACAGUACCCCUGCCGCCCAGUAGUUCUGACUUGCGUCAAUCAAAUAUUGGAAGUGCGGCCCAAAAUGCAUGGAGAACCUUUAACAGCGAACUAUCACAGAAGAGACCAACCGGACCUUCCUCAACGACAAAAGUUAAGGGAGUGGCAACCAAUCCACACACUAAAAAGGUAAGUUCAGACGCUCUAAAGGACAAAUAUGAAUAUACUAAGCCAGUUAUUCGGAAAACCAAUGUGAGGACUGCACAAAAGUCAGAAACAUCAUCUAGGUUUAGGAAAUCGUUGGAUGCUCCUCAUAAGGAUACUAGAUCAUCAAAGGGAAUAAAUUUCCAUGAAGGUCCUAGAAAAAUGAACAAUGAUAGUUCAAAAUCAAGGUCACUUCCUACUUCACCCGUUCUGACUCAGUCAUCAAUACCUUGUAAUGAUGGCUCAGCUUUCACGAAUAGAAGUAUCGAUCAACUAAAUCCUGUUCCAGGAGCAGAUGCUGCAGCAUGUGAGCAAAUUUUAAAUGAGAUUAUGGUAACAGAUGAAAAAAUAUACUGGGAAGAUAUAGCAGGUUUAACUAAUGCCAAAAACUCAUUGAAAGAGGCUGUUGUAUAUCCAUUUUUAAGACCCGAUUUGUUUAAAGGUUUACGAGAACCCAUACGAGGGAUGCUACUUUUUGGACCCCCAGGAACUGGGAAGACAAUGAUUGCCAAAGCGGUGGCGACUGAGUCAAAAUCUACAUUUUUCUGUAUAAGUGCAUCAUCGUUACUUUCAAAGUAUCUGGGAGAGUCUGAAAAAUCGGUGAGAGCAUUAUUUUAUGUGGCCAAGAAGAUGGCGCCAUCUAUUAUAUUUAUAGAUGAAAUUGAUUCCUUACUGGGAAACCGAUCAGAUGGUGAAAAUGAAGCAUCAAGAAGGGUGAAAACUGAAUUGCUGAUUCAGUGGUCCUCUCUAUCAAGUGCUACCACUCAGGAAUCACACGGUUAUGAUACUCGAGUGCUAUUAUUGGCCGCAACAAAUUUACCUUGGACUAUUGACGAGGCUGCUAGAAGGCGGUUUUCAAGAAGAUUAUAUAUUCCUUUACCCGAUUUUGAAACAAGGCAAUAUCAUUUAACGAAAUUACUGUCAAAGCAAAAGCAUUCCCUGACUGAAAGUGAAAUUAUUGAAGUUGCAACACUAACCGCAGGGUAUUCGGGCUCUGAUAUUACAGCAUUAGCAAAAGAAGCUGUCAUGGAACCAAUUAGAGAUCUUGGGGAAAAACUGAUAGAUAUUGAUUUAAACAAUAUACGAGGCGUCACUAUCCUAGACUUCAAAAAUGCCAUGAAGACAGUAAAGAAAAGCGUUUCGGUGGACUCAUUAGCUCAUUAUGAAAAGUGGGCCCUUGAAUAUGGAAGUGUAGGCUCCUGA